GUGAUAAACAGACGUUAAAUCAGCACAUGAGGAUUCACACAGGUGAAAAGCCGUUUUCAUGUGUGACCUGUGGAAAAGGUUUUAGUCAAAAACGUGAUUUGACUCGGCACAUGAGGAUUCACACUGGUGAAAAGCCGUUUUCAUGUGCGAACUGUGGAAAAUGUUUUAGUGAUAAACAGACGUUAAAUCAGCACAUGAGGAUUCACACAGGUGAAAAGCCGUUUUCAUGUGUGACCUGUGGAAAAGGUUUUAGUCAAAAACGUGAUUUGACUCACCACAUGAUGAUUCACACUGGUGAAAAGCCGUUUUCAUGUGGGAACUGUGGAAAAUGUUUUAGUCGAAAACUGACUUUAACUCACCACAUGAUGAUUCACACUGGUGAAAAGCCGUUUUCAUGUGCGAACUGUGGAAAAUGUUUUAGUGAUAAACAGACGUUAAAUCAGCACAUGAGGAUUCACACAGGUGAAAAGCCGUUUUCAUGUGUGACCUGUGGAAAAAGUUUUAUUCGAAAACAGCAUUUAAAUCAGCACAUGAUGAUUCACACUGGUGAAAAGCCGUUUUCAUGUGUGACCUGUGGAAAAGGUUUUAGUCAAAAACGGGAUUUGACUCGGCACAUGAGGAUUCACACUGGUGAAAAGCCGUUUUCAUGUGCGAACUGUGGAAAAUGUUUUUGUCACAAAGUUACCUUAAUCCACCACAUGAAAAUUCACACAAGUGAAAAGAUGUAGAAGUAUUUUCCAUACAUGUCCUAUGUUGAGGUUGACUAUAGAAUUUAUUUUGGUUAAAACUGGAAUGAAAGACUGGAGGGAUUUCAUGUCUAUGAAGCUGAAAGUUGUUACAUUUGUUAAAUGUGAUUAUUUGGAUGUUCACAUUUAGAUACUUAGAGAUGUGCAUUAAUGACACAUCUUCCUUCGGAGAUGCUUUAUUUUUUCUGGCAUAUUCAAUAUCAAAAACAAUGAUAAACUGCAUGUUACUUAAUGAACAUCCUGUUUAUGUCAAACUGUAUGUUGUGUGUACAACAUGAAGAGCAGAGGGCUCAGCACACAGCCCUGAGGAGAGCCAGGACUGAUGCUGGUAGCUGAAGAGCCAAGGGGGCCACUGACUGUUUCAUGCAUGAACAGAGUCUGACCGGUCAUGGACUCCCUUCCAGAACAUUCUCACAAGAUUGGACUCGAGGGAUUGAUUUGUAUUAUUCUGUUCAAUAGAGACAGUUUGUGGGGUUUACUUUUGUUGCUUAAAUCAAAAAUAGAACGUACUAGAAUGGUUGCGUGUACAUUUGUACUUUAAAAGAAAUCCAAGAUUCACCACAAGCUAAUUGUACAAAGGGUGUGUGAUUGUUUUCAAUUAUUAGCUUUUUCUCUACUUUUAGCUGUAAUAUUUUGCUCUUUUCUACUGCAACUGACUUCUGUUAUAUCACUGUCUUUAUCCUGAAACUAUGUUCAUGUGCAUUUAUAUUGAUAUAAAGGUUUUAUUAAUGUCUAAGAAAGAAAUACAGUGUAAAAUUUCAUGUAAGAAUAAAAGUUUUGAGUUUUCCUUUA